AUCACAUUCGCAUCGAUGCGAUUGGUCGUUUUCGUAUUUGGCGCCCGUAUCUUUGACGGUUUUGGCUAGUUUGUUCCGCCGGCGAGCGUCCGUCACUUAACCACAACUCGUGCAACUGUCUACUGCAUCCAGUCGGUCACCGCGUCGAGGAAAAUGUCUGAGGAGAUGGAAACGCAGCCCACGGCCGACGAGAUGACCUCUCGGGACUACUACUUCGACUCGUACGCCCAUUUCGGCAUCCACGAGGAGAUGCUCAAAGACGAGGUGCGCACCCUGACCUACCGCAACUCCAUGUACCACAACAAGCACCUAUUCCAAGACAAAGUCGUCAUGGACAUCGGAUGCGGCACCGCCAUUCUCAGCAUGUUCGCGGCGAAGGCCGGCGCCAAGAAGGUGUACGCCAUCGAAUGCUCCAACAUCGUCGACUACGCCCGCAACAUCAUCAAGGACAACAAACUGGAUCACAUCAUCACGAUCAUCAAGGGCAAGGUGGAGGAGAUCCAGAUCCCGGAGAUCGACAAGGUCGACAUCAUCAUCAGCGAAUGGAUGGGCUACUGCCUCUUCUACGAGAGCAUGCUGGACACGGUGCUGUUCGCGCGCGACAAGUGGCUCAAGCCGGAGGGACUGCUCUUCCCCGACCGCUGCUCCCUCUUCAUUACCGCCAUCGAGGACAGACAGUACAAGGACGAGAAGAUCAACUGGUGGGACGACGUGUACGGCUUCGACAUGAGCUCGAUCCGGCGGGUGGCCAUCAGCGAACCGCUGGUGGACGUGGUCGAUCCCAAACAGGUCGUCACCACGCCCAGUCUCAUCAAGGAGGUGGAUCUCUACACGGUGCAGAAGAAAGAUCUGGAGUUCGAAUCUGAUUUCAGUCUGAACGUGCGCAGGAACGAUUACGUGCAGGCGCUGGUCACCUACUUCAACGUCGAGUUCACAAAGUGUCACAAACGAAUCGGUUUCACGACGGCCCCCGACGCGCCCUACACGCACUGGAAACAGACGGUGUUCUACAUCGAGAACUACAUGACGGUGAAAAAGGGCGAAGUGAUAAACGGCACGUUCAAAAUGCGCCCGAACCCGAGGAACGGCAGGGACCUGGACUUCGGCAUCGACGUGGAGUUCAAGGGCGAACUGGGCGAGGUGAAGGAGAGCAAUCGUUACAGGAUGCGUUAGACGUCGCAGGAACUCCCGCCGCCAACUGGCUGCCUGUCUGUCUCUGUAAUCUACGGUUUCUUUUUUACGUGUGUGAUUGAUUGAUUGAUUGAUUGAUUAUUAUUAUUAUUAUUAUUAUUAAUAUUUAAGAUGAAGAGAGGAUUGUAAACAAUAAACGAUCGACUUUUUUUCCUAUAAUUAUGUUUAUUUUACGAAUACAAUAAAUUAAACCUUCAACA